UUUUACAACACUGGAAUGUGUAGCUCGUCAACGUCAACGUGUGAAUGGUACACACUGAAAACACAGCUGGAGUUAAAACAAGGAAAAAAAACAACUUAUCGGACUAUAUUCUUGUUUAUUUCUAAAAAUCUCAAAAUGCUUAAAAAUAUGUGCCGAGUGUGUGGCAGAUACGCAGCGUACAAGAGAUCCAUACGCAUCUUUGAUAACCCAAAUAUACUUUGGAAGCUGCAAGUUCUCACAGGCAUCGUUUUAGAAAAUGUGGAAUGUUUACCGGACCUUAUAUGUAUUUGCUGUCAAACGGAGUUACGUGAAGCAAUCCGAUUUCGUGACCGAGUCUUUGGAGCACAACAUGAGCUGCUGGCUGGAUUAACUGAGGAGCAGUUGGAACAAAUACCCGCGGAAUACAAAGAAGUCAUAUUAGAGUUCAGCCAAAGAGAAACAAAUAAUGAUGAUUCGGAUGUAGAAUCCGUAUCUAAGAUUAUUGAUAUGCAAGAGGAGCAAGUAGACAUCAUCACUGAAACGGAUCACAAAGAGGAGGAAACAUUUGAAGAAAACGAGCAUUUAAAACAGGAUGAUUUAAUGGAGUACAACAUUGUCAUAGAAGAUGAACUAGUCAAGGAGGAGAUAGCAGCAGCAUCAACAGUAGAAGAUGAUCAACACGUGGAAAUAAUAGAGGAGGAACAACCAUUUACAAUUGUCGUCCAAGAAGAGGGCAGAGAUCAGGAAAAUGUGAAUUAUAUUUUGCCCGAUAGAGAAUCGGACGAGGACUGUGCGAUGUUAGACCGAGUGCUAAACGACGAGAUUGCAGACACACAGCGUGUAAAUGCAGUUAAGAAAAAACCAGGACGAAAGCGUGUCGGCAGCCUGAUAUUCAUUUGCGACGAGUGUGGCAAUCAUAUAACUGGACGAAUGGCCUUCGAUCUGCAUUGCCGGCGACAUCGUGGGGACAAGCAAUUUGAGUGCGACAUUUGUCGCGAUCGCUUUUGUACCAACUCGGAGCUGAAGCGCCACAUGCGAAGACAUACGGGAGAGCGUCCCUUUGCCUGCCAGUAUUGCGAGCGUUGUUUCACAGAUUAUAGCACCAGAGUCAAGCACGAGCGCACGCACACCAAUGAGCGACCAUAUGGAUGCCAAAGCUGUGGCAAGGCCUUCACCACCGCCUACAUUCUCAAGAACCACAUGCUCAUACAUUCCGGCGAGCGAGCCUUUAGCUGCGAGUUGUGCAACAAAACAUUUAUACGCCAAACGCAUCUGGUUACGCAUUACAGAUCCAGCGCCCAUAAGCGCAACAUGGAGCGUCAGCAGCAGGAAUUUAAAAGCUGAUUACAUUGUGGAUAAGGCAUGGAAUCUGUUGUAUUAAAUAUGGACUUUUUGUGGUAUUUCGUUUAGCUGUUGUGAAUUGAAUUUAAGAUAUAAAGCUAGCAAACCGGAAUAUGUAUUUUUUUUGUGUCUUGUAGC